UAAGUAAAAUUAGGCGCCUUGGAGAAAGAAGUAAGUACUUAAGGUCUUGGAGGGAGAGGGUUUUGUUUGUUUGAGGGAGAAAGUAAAUAGAGAAACAUUUUGCGGAGAACAUCCUCAAUACCAAUACUGAGAGCAACAAUAACCUUUACUUACUGGUUGCUUCAUCUGGGGCAGUGGGAUCGUUUUGUGACGUCUUAGAUUCGUUCUCAGAGUGCCCGCCGGUCCAAGGUUCGAAUCCUCGCAGCUCGAUCUGUGGAUAGUCAGGCUAUUGUUUGUUUGAAAGAAGCGCUGGAGGUUGUGUACAGAGAUCUAUGGAGCUUGCGCGGAAAAAUUGAUCUGUAGGUGAGAUGAUCUCGGGACGACUUGCCGCUUAAAUUCAGAGAUUUACAACGCAAUUCCAGUUUAACCGAAAUCAUAUUUUGGUAUUCUUCUCUAUUCUGGGCAACUGAGACUAGCUGUAUAACAUCUUCGAUGUGAGACUGGGUGUUAAAAAGGGAGGUUUUCUUGAAUGCUCCCUUGAAUGCUCUUUGAAAUUUGCAUUGGCAGUGGAUCUGUAGCCAAUUAUAUGAAUGGUUUUCUCUCACGGGUGCCUGGCUUUUAUUGGAUCUCCUUCUUUUUGAUCUUCUUUCACCAAAAUUAAGAAAAGCAUAAAAAAUUCAAAUUCGAUAUUGACAGUUUCAUGAUCCUUAUGGUGGUAAAGGUUCCCUGUCCCACAGCCAACAGGGUGAAAACCAUAGUCUUUUGGAAUUGAGUGCUGACAUUGAGUUCGAGUUCAAGAAACAUUUCACUUUUCUCUUGUACACUGGGUAGCCCCAUUCAAGCAGAAAUGGCUGUUGCUGUUCUAGACGGUGUAAAUAGACAAUACGAUGGUUUCAAGAAAUUGGAUAGCAGGCAGACAGUGAGGCGGCGUGUUUUUGUGCAGACAGACACAGGCAGUGUUUUGGGUAUUGAAUUAGAUAGAGCUGACAAUGCAAACACUGUUAAAAAGAAGAUGCAGAAAGCCCUGAAUGUGCCCACUGAUGAAAGCUCUCUGACAUUUGGAGAUACAGUGCUGAAGAAUGAUUUGAGUGCGGUAUGCAAUGAUGCUCCCCUUCGUCUUACGAGAGGAUCUUUCCAUCGAAGUUCCUCUACACCGUGCCUUUCUCCAACUGUUGAUGGUCAGCCACAAAGAGAUAGAAGUGGGCCUGUUGAGAUUGUUGGAGGCUCAAGCUGCUCUGGGGAAAUUAAAAAGUUGGUUAAGGAUGUAGUUAAGGCUGUUGAGUGUGGUGUAGAGCCAAUUCCUGCUUGUGGUGGCCUUGGUGGUGCUUACUUUUUUCGGAACAGGAGAGGUGAAUAUGUUGCUAUUGUAAAGCCAACAGAUGAGGAGCCUUUUGCGCCAAACAAUCCUAAAGGUUUUGUGGGCAAAGUUCUGGGGCAACCAGGGUUGAAGAGAUCAGUAAGAGUGGGAGAGACAGGAAUCAGGGAAGUGGCUGCUUAUCUUUUAGACCACGAUCAUUUUGCAAAGGUGCCCCUUACUGUCCUCGUUAAAAUCACACAUUCAAUUUUUAAUGUUAACAAACCGAUGACUAAAAGCAAACUUCAAAAUGAAAGACAGACUGUAAGUAAGAUAGCUUCCUUUCAGCAGUUUGUCCCACAUGAUUUUGAUGCCAGUGACCAUGGAACUUCUAGUUUUCCAGUGGCUUCUGUCCAUAGGAUUGGAAUAUUAGAUAUUAGGAUACUUAAUACCGAUAGACAUGCAGGCAACCUUCUUGUGAAAAAUAUGGAAAGAGUAGGAAGAUACUGUCAAGUUAGGGGAGAAUCUGUGGAGCUCAUACCCAUAGAUCAUGGUCUGUGCCUUCCAGAAAAUCUGGAAGAUCCAUAUUUUGAGUGGCUCCAUUGGCCUCAGGCUUCGAUACCUUUUUCAGAAGAUGAACUGGAAUAUAUAUACAAGCUUGAUCCCAACAAGGAUGCAGAGAUGUUGAGAGUGAAAUUACCUAUGGUACGAGAGGCUUGUUUAAGGAUUCUAGUGCUGUGCACUGUUUUCUUGAAAAAAGCUGCCGAAUCUGGUCUUUGUCUUGCAGAAAUUGGAUCAAUGAUGAGCCGUGAAUUUCAGGGAAUGGAAGAGGCACCGAGUGAAUUGGAAGUUGUUUGUAUGCAGGCAAAGUUGCAGGUUGAUCAUGAAAUGUCUGCCAUUAGGUCUGAGGGAGAGGAGGAUAAAAUUUCGGAAAUUUCAUUGGAAGAAGACCACAUGGCUGAGCAGAUUCAGUUUGACAUGGACUAUGAGGAUGAUGAGGAUGAUUACAUAAAUACUGCUAGUAAUAUCUGGAUGAAGAAAACAUGUUUAAAUCAUGACAGCCGACAUGACUCCAUGGAAGUAAAUGGCUUUAACAAAUUUGAAACUGGUAGAGUUCCCUAUUUAUUUCCUCAAUCCUUGUCAUCACCUUCCCAAAGAACUGAUUUGUGCAUUAAUUCUUUCUCAAAUGGUACACUCAGAAGCUCACGUGGAGGUAAGUUUCCCUUUGAAUCAAAUUGCCCUUCCCCUAGACAUGACUCUGUGGAAGUAAAUGAUGUUAACAAAUUUGAAACUGGUAGAGUUCCCCAUUUAUUUCCUCGAUUCUCAUCGUCCCCUUCCCAAAGAACUGAUUUGUGCAUUAACUCUAUUUCAAAUGGUACACCCAGAAGUUCCCGUGGAGGUAAGUUUCCCUUUGGAUCAAAUUGUGCUUCCCCUAGGACUCCAAAGGGAGGAUGCUGGAGUACGCUUUCAAAGCUGGAAGAGAUUCCAUCUUUAGAGGAAAAUGAAAUGGAAGAACCAGUUCCUGAAAUGCAAGAACCAAUUCCCGAAAUGCAAAAUCCAGGUCUAUUGAGGAAUGCAGGGAAGGCUUCAUUCAAUCAUCAAGGAAGCCCUUUUUCUUCAGGGCUCUCUGCAUCUCUGAGGUGUACUAGCUUCUCAGACAGGAACCAGGGUGGUUCUCGUCAUGCAGGAUUUCAGAAAGGGCGUAGUAGUAAGCAAGGAGUAUCAGCUGCUGGAGCCAUGCAAAGUGGGCAUGAGACAGGUGCAAUGACCGGAAACUAUAUCAAGUUCUCAGAUAUGAUUGAGGAAGAGUGGGCUUUGUUUAUUGAAUAUUUUCAGGAUCUUUUGCCAGGUGCUUUUGCUUCAAGGAAAAGUAUGAGUUCAAGCCACAGACAGAGGCUUGGCACUUCGUGCCAGUUUUGAGUAAUAGUAUAUGAGUCACAAGGCUUAAUUUUUUUUUUUCUCAUGAAGAGUUUUGGGAACCUUAUAUGGCUAUUGGGUCCUUCCUGUAGCAUAUGUACAUUACGUGUAUAGGUUUUGGAUCAGAGUUUUAACAACUUCUUUUAGAAGUCUAGGAUUGUGCAUAUACUUGCACAUAUACCAACCAGAGUCAUUUAAUUUCUGGCUCACUCUUGCGACAUUGUAAAUAUUUCAACAGACUUCAGGGCUGCUUUCUAUGAAUGGUGGGUGAUUGAAGUGUACAUUGUAAGAUAGGGUCAUGAGCAGUCCGUUUUUUUUAAUCUUUGACUGAAACUGCCAUUGGUGUUAACCAGACCUAUGCAACUGGGUCCUGAUCCAUAUAAAAUUCUUCAUAAGGCAAGUGAGCUUGCUUAUUAUCUUUGUCUGGGAUCUUGUUUUAAGUCCUUUCGACUUCCAGCAAAGUUAAAACACUAAUUUUCAAUUAGAGCGAGACCUUAAGGUUUCUUGUUUGAUGGCUUGGUACUUGCAGAGCUAAUAUUUUAUGCUUUGCUUAUAUGAUGUUCUCAUCUGCUGUAUCUGAACGAGUGUUUGGUGGCUUUGUUCUUCAAGUACCCCUUGCAUGAAGGGGGUUGCUAAUAAUGGAGAUGCAAAGAGCAGGUUUCAAACUGCGUUUUACAGUUCAUUUCUUUCAUUUAUAUAAAAGUUUGCCUAAUGCAAAAGGCAAAUACCAGCUCAGCUAAAUGCUUACAAGUGCAAUUUCAGGCGGUGCCGGAUAGAGGAGUUGGGGAACCUAAAGCAAUCUUGCAUGAAGGGGGUUGCUAAUAAUGGAGAUGCAAAGAGCAGGUUUCAAACUGCAUUUUACAGUUCAUUUCUUUCAUUUAUAUAAAAGUUUGCCUAAUGCAAAAGGCAAAUACCAGCUCAGCUAAAUGCCUACAAGUGCAAUUUCAGGCGGUGCCGGAUAGUAGAGGAGUUGGGGAACGUAAAGCAAUCUUUUAUUCGUAGCUCUUGCAACUUGGAAGGCUUAAAGAUCAUGUCAAUGGUACGGUGAAAAUUAUGAUACUUUGGAUUGGCAAAAUGACUUUAUGACUACUUGCAGAAUCAAUGUAGCUGUUUCUGAUGGGAGAAUGGAUAUCAGAUGCGUAGUUAGUUUGAUCUUUAGUUGCUGUUGUUGUAAGAAGGCUAGUCAGUUUUUACAAUUUUGUUUUGCAGUCCUAGAUAGCGAGUUCUUAAGCAUAAAAGCUUUUAGAUGUUUGUCAAGAUGUUGCAGAUUAUAUGUUUGAACAUGGGAUCAUUUUGGUGUGCUGUUCGUUGAAGGCAUUAUUGUGAAGUUGCUAGUAACUUUGAUUUUGUUAGUUGUGACUUUCUGUGUCUUUGAGAACAAAUCGUGUUAUACAGAAUAUUUUGUGCAGAUAGAUGUUCAGGGUAGACGAGGCCAGGCCAUGAUUUGGUGGUUGCCAAAUCUGGAUAUGUACACUUUUUGUUUUAGUAAAUGUAAGUUUCUUACUUAUCAAAAAAAGAAAAAUACAAUUUUCUGA